CAUAUAUUUCUAUACUCAUUUAAAAUACAUUGAAGAUAAUUUAAAAAGUCAAUAAAAAUUUUGGAUUUUGGUAUAAUUACAUAGAGAUGCUUUCAAAAAAAACAUAGAGAUUGUUAUAGUUUGGAUGAGUUCUUUUUCCUUCAUUAUUUCAAACCAAGAACAAAGUGUGCCAUCUAACUAUCCAACCCUUUUACUGUAGUUCCUUCCAUCUUCAGACAUUUCUACGCAAGUCCUUCCUCGACAAACCUCGAGCUCUUCGGAUUUCCGGCCAGAGUUUACAAGCCAAACUGAAAUCAAUGGCAGGGUCCGGUAGUUCUAUGUUAUAUUCGUUUCUUCUUUUUGUGUCCACUGUCUCCCUGCAAGGAAUGUUUAGAGGUCUGCUAGCUUCUUCUGAGUUGUAUACUAUCCUUGGAGGCUUGACGAGUUCUUUCAUAUUCCUUACAUUGCUAACGUUCAUAGGAAAUUAUCAAGAGGCAAAUGGAAGCAAGAGUGGAUGGGGCACAGUUGUGCUUGCAGAGGCAGUCGCUUUAGUUGCUGCUAGCACUGUUCAUCGAGUCUGUAUCACAACAUGCAUUUUGUUCUCUGUUGGGCUACUUUACGAGAUCAACAAGCUCUCUCUGAUGAUGGUUUCCAAAAGUGAAGGUAAAGCCAAAAGGUACUAGUUUGGGAAUGCCAUCCCAUUAUAAUGGUUUUAUUUGCAGUCAGUCAAUAUACUCAGAGGGGUGAGAUUGCAAACCAUCAACUAUAACAUGCAGGACUACUUUAGUUUAUGCUAUUCUCCAUAUACUUCGGCUACUAUACAAUUGAUAU